CGCUCAGAGAGUCAGAAAAUCGUAAAUUGAAAGUUUACUCCAAUGAGUAUUGCAUACGCAGAAUUAUUUGAAGCACUUUUUGUGUACAAAUCCGAAAGGACCAAUAAUGUAUUACGCUGCUAUUGCAAGGUAUUUAUAUAAGUCAAAAGACUGUUCGGAAGUGGGUAGAACGAUAAAAAGCGAUAAAUAAUAUGAAUGACUUGCUUAAUCAAGAAUAAAAUAUCGUUGACAUUCAUUGGAACAAUCCACUAUUAACACCGCGCAAAGGACAAUCGCUGACGAUAAAGAAACCAAAGAUGAAUAUAGCGAAAAGCGCAUGACAUGGGCUCCCGACAAUAUCGACCAUGAUUGGAGCAAUCAUGUCUUUAUCGAAGAAUCGUCUUCCUGUACAAGACUCUCUGCACAGAAAUGUUGCGGUGUGCGUGUGCGUGCUUCCGUACGUGUGUGAGCCUCUUUUGGACGGCGUGUGAUACACUACAUAAAAAAAGGACCUUUUUGGGUCCUUUAAAAGCGGCACGGUGCAUGUCUCAAAUUCGGCAGCCAUUCGUUUCGUCACGUAAAGAACUGUCUACGUCCCUGAGCUGGAGGCGUGCGGGCGACUGUUCUUGUGCGUGCAGCGGCUCUGCGGCAGCGGAAAUUCACUCGUGGAAGAGGAAGGCGAGCAUCGCGGUAGUAGGGGUAGACGGGGUGCGCAAGCGGGCCCCACGCUCGAGGGGCCCACGGGACACGAAGAUGGCGCACUUCCGGUACCUGUUAGCCCUAGUCCUGCCUCCACAUCCUCCCAGGAGGAUUCUUGUAAGCCACCACCAAGGAACUGCUAUAGGCUCGUUAUGCUUGGCAGCGCCCGUGUCGGUAAAACAGCUAUUGUCUCACGAUUCCUAUCGAACAAAUUUGAAGAAAGCUACACUCCCACUAUCGAGGACUUUCACCGAAAAUUGUACAGGAUACGCGGUGAGGUACAUCAACUCGAUAUUUUGGAUACGAGCGGAAAUCACCCGUUUCCUGCGAUGCGUCGUCUGUCCUUCCUAACCGGAGACCUUUUCGUAGUAGUCUUCAGCAUGGACAGUCGAGAGUCUUUUGAGGAGGCGAUAAGACUUCGAGAAGCCAUAUUGGAGACAAAGCUGAGCGCUACACAAGGUUCGGCCAAGAGCAGAAGUAAAACUCACCACAGCCUAAAAGUUCCCAUGGUGAUAGUAGGGAACAAGUGCGAUCGUGAUAUCAAGAUUUUUCUUAGGGAUGAUUGGAAAUGGAUUGAUGGCUCUUUGAAUAGAAUUGUCACCGUGGAGGAGGCACAACAAUACUGCUCGGCUCAAGACGAUUGCUGUGUUUUCGUAGAGGUGUCAGCCAAAGGGAAUCACCACGUUGAUGAAUUGUUUUAUCAGCUUUUUGUAGUGGCAGGACUGCCACUUGAAAUGGCACCUAAUCAUCACAGAAAAGUACCUUUGACCUUUGGAUCUCCAACAAUGCUACCACCAUCUCAACCGAAACACAAAGCAACGCUUAGUAUAAAGCGUCGUUUGAGUGAUGCCUGCGGCGUCGUCGCGCCAAAUGUACGUCGACCGAGUAUAAGAACGGACCUGAUGAUAAUGCGGACCAAAACGUGUUCUCUUGGAACCGGAAAUGAAAAUAACACUCCUGGAUCACGUAUCACUUUGAGGAGUUCCGAGCCUAGGAAGACAUGCAUGAUCCAGUGACGAAGGAGACAAAAAUUAGAAUAGGAAUUUUCGAGAAUGUCAACCGUUUUAAACCACCCAACGCCUUAGAUAGCGUUUUUGAAAAUCCCGGUUAAAAUAUAUUAUAAGUACAUUUGAAAUUCCCGCCCCUUUACGAAGAGAACUUGAAAUUGCUAUAUAUGACUCCCCGGAUUAACUUCGAAAAAAAAAAAAAACAAUCCUAAUAUGUAUAGUUAUAUAUAUUUUACAAUCCACAAAACGACACCCCUUCAUCAGAUACUUCCUAAUCUCCCAGAUUAGGCUCGCCAUUCAUAAAUCCGAUGGUCACGAUUAAACUUACGUAACCAUUUAUCCGCAUGCAAAUAAAUCACACUGAUCGAGGUAGAGAGUGAUCAACUGAUCAUCGUGGCGGAAAGCAAUAAUAUUUCGAGUUAGGCAAUAACUCAUGAAACUUUGUGACGAUAUUUUAAAUAUAUAAUAUACAUAUAGCUGAAGUUCUAGGAGAUAUACUAUACUAGGUGGGUUUACGUGACUAUAUGUAUAUUGCAUUUGCUCGAAAGGGCGGGAAAUUUGAAUGUUACCAGAUGCACAGAAUUUCAAUGUCUCUCGACGGAUACCUCUAUUAGUAGACGCAGCAGCCUUAUUCACAAAGUAAUUUUGAAAGCGUAAAUGCCUAUACAGGCCGAACCAAAAAUAUUUCUAAGCAAUUUUAUCAAUGUAUCACCUGUACAUAAGGCCCAUGAUAUCGAGAUUAUCAAUUUCAAUCUUUACGCACUGCACAUAUCCUUCCAUAAUACCAUACGGACAUUGCGUCAUCGGGCGAUUAUGCUCACUCUGGCGGUGCUUUCAGCUACUAGCCAAAUAUCUUAUUUGAAAACAUGACAUUUGAUAAUUUUAAGUACCUUCUGACUGAUGUUUUGAGUCUCAGUUGUUUUUACAUUCGUCCAUACGUUACGUAGCGAUGGUCUUUAUUAAUAUUUCUUUUUAAACAAAGAUCGAUAUGCCACAAUUUCGUAGAAUUAGUGUAAAUGAUUACAUUUAUUGUUUUUAUUAAUGAAUUAUUAAAUAUGAUUAGUACCUUCCUCAAUGGCUCUAUACCAUUAAAUUCCAUCUUAUUAAAAUUACUUUAUCAGACUUAAGGUUAUGUUAUUUUUAUAUCAAAAUAAUAAUUUAUUAAAAAUUAAUUGUUAGCGCAAUUUUUCUAAAAAUCUCGUAGCAUAAUCAUACUAAUGUUAUCCUUUUAAAUAUAAUUCUUCAUUGUUAUUGUUACCAUUGUACAAUCAAUUUUCAAAUGCCUCUGCGCAUCGUAUUACAUUAAAAACUCGGUAAUGGAAUUUGUGAAAGUGUUACGAUUGUGCAAUAAUCAAGUGUUUACUAUACGUAAACCAAACAAUAUAAUACACAUACCUGUAAACGUAUACAUGUACUAGAAGAUAAUUUAGCCAGAAAGACGAGAUCGAUUUUCCUCUCUAUAUUUAGUAUGAAUUUUUUUCUUCAACAUUUUUGGUUCUCUUUGUGCUCCAAUAUCGCCUGAGUACACGUAUCAAGUAUACACAAUAUUCUGUACAUCGAGUGUUUCCUGGUAACCGGAAACUGCCGAAGUCUCCAUAGUCGUUCGAGAGCGUGCUCUUGUGCUGGCAUUUUUUCUAUUUAAUAAAACAAGAAUAAAGAUAAUACCGAAAAUUA